UCGAUACCUUGUUUUACACUAAUUACGUUCCCACGGAGAAUACCAACGCUAAAAUUUUGUCAUCUUUGGAUUUAACAAAACAAAACAAUUGUUUACUGCUCUUAUGGGUUACUGUAAGUGAACCUGUUUCAUAAUGGAAUCAGAAAGUGAGACGUUGCGUCUACAGUUCCAAGCUCUACAGGAGCAACAACAGAAGAAGAUGCAGCGACGGUUGCAGAGACAAGAAGAGAAGAAAAAGAAGAAGAAAGAGGACGCUGCUGAAGGCAAUGCAAAGCCAGUUGGCCUUGACAUUGGCGAUGACCUUGGUCUUUCACUAAGUGAGGGAAUACCAAAUGAUGCUAUAUACAAUGAAGAACUGAAUACACAUCUAAACCAACAGAUCAGAGAAUUAAAAGAUGAAAGUGGCAGACUUUACAAGCUGUUGAGUGAGAGAGAUUAUGAAAUCAGAAGAUUAAAGAAACAAAGAGAAAAUGAAAGAAUGGCAAUUGCAGGUAGCGGUGUAGCCAGUGAAACUGCUGCUACUAAGAUUGUUGAUCUAUCGAAGAAAAACCGGGAACUGAAAUCGGAGUUAGAAAGUGAGAAAACGAAAGUAAAACAGAUUCUAAAGAAACUAAAUGAGACAGAGAAACAGUUGAACGACACUACAAGUGGCAGCUCCAAAGGCCUGACAACACUGGAUGAGCCCAGUGAAAAGGCUCAACUACAGGCUGAGAUGAAGCAGAUUCAAGAUAAACUCAACCAGACCACGUCCAAAAUGAUGGAAUAUCGCAAUCAAACCAGCUCGCUGAAGCAGGAAUUGAAGCUUGUGCACAAAGUGCUGAGCCAAGAGGUCGGGGAGAAUGCCAAUGUACAAGCGCUACUAAGCGGCAAGGGUGGAGCACGCGGUAGAGCACAGCAGAUACUGAAUCUACAAAAUAAGGUUUCUGAACUUGAAUCCCAGUUGAACCAACAACGUUUAGCAAUGGCCACUAGACCUGGCACUGAGAUGAGUCUUGAGGAUCAGUUCAUGACUAUGGACAUCCCCGACGACAAAUCAGAGACUCUCCUCUCUGCAAGAACCUUCAAAAGCACCAGUAGCUCUACAGGAGAUAAAAACAGAACAAAGAUUCGACAGAUGGAAAGAGAACGUAAAGAAGCUCAAGCUAAAGUAAAUGAGGAAUUGAAAGCCUUGGAGUUGGACCAUUCUAAAUUAAAGGAGAAAUUUGAUGCAUCUAAAGCAAGGAACAAAGUACUGGCCAAUGAGUUGAAGUCUCUUAAGCAACAAGUUGGCACAUUCAUUGAGAAGGGCAAACAUGAUGAUGAGCUGAUAUCUGCUCUAUUAAAACAACAAAACCAAUUGAAAGAAGUUUACAUCGAAAAUCAUAGACAGCAAGAAGAACAAAUGAUACAACAGCAGCAGCAACAGCAACGCUUGGAUCAACAAAAUCAGCAGGAAAUGAACAUUGUUGAGCAGUUGAAGAGAAUUGUUGCUGAAAAAGAACAAAAGGUUCAUGUCCUCGAGGAAGAAAUCAAUCAAAUGAGGUUACAGCAAGAAGAGAGGCACAUCAUGAAUGGUUUUGCUGAACGGCCGUCAUCUCGAGGCAGUAGGCCAGGAUCAACCAACCAUGCGGAAAGGCCAGUUACCAGGGUUGUAGCUUUUGAGGACAGUAUUAAUGGGCAGUUUACUAAUGGCCCAGUACCUCCCUCAAGGAAUGGUUCGAGGCAUAGUGCAAGUAGUCCAUUAAGACUAAGUGGUAUGGAAACCACACCCAGGCCGCCAUCAACAUCAGUCAGGCCUUCAUCAACAUCCACCAGGCCACCCUCAACUUCCACCAGACCUCUGAGUGCAAGCGCAAUUGAUGUUGACGAAUUGCGUCGACAGUGUCAGGAAUAUAAAUCAAUUAGUCAAGUAGCAGAAGUUGAACGAGAGAAGUUAAUGGAACUUGUUGCAAUACUACAAAAAAGAGUUGAAGAAGCCAAUGAAAGUCAAGCUACUACACAUUCUCAGCUACAAGAAGUGAAACGCCAGAAUGUACAACUUGAGAAACAGUUGGGCAAGCUGAGAAUUGACACAGGUCGUAAGGGAAGCUCGCAAUCGAAAAGCACGUUCACAGCAAAUAAUAAAACAGAGGAAGAAUUACUAAGAACUGAUAUUAAGUUGACUGUAGAAAACCUGGAGGAAUUGCAGACAAGGUUAGCCAUUCAAAUUGAUGAGAACGAUGCAUUGAAAGCAGCCUUACAAAGCACCAUGAUGAGUAAGGAUGAGGACCUCAAGUUGUACCAUCAGAUGAUGGAGCAAACUCGAAAGGUGUUCCUCCAGGGUCUGCGUCAAUUCAAACAAACUAGCAUAGGUUCAUAGCAUAGGCCCAGGCAGUGGCCCAGAGGCUUCUUUGCAAGUGGUGGUUGCUAGUAGAGGCUUGUAUAGAAUUAGCAGGGGUUAAAUACAGGAUAUUUCUUAGGAACUACAGCCUUGGUUUUAUUUCUUUAAAACUUUUGACCCUGAUGAUGCAGUGCCUAAUCCAGCAUUUUAUCAUAUGGGGUGAGUGGGGGUGUGCAAUGUAAAGUUGGAAGGCCUUCCAUGCAAGGUGGGAAUAUUUUGUUCGUAAAUGACUGGCAUUUAAUGCUUCAACAUAAAGGUGUAACGGAUGGGUUAGUUUUUUUUCAGUAGACUCACAGUAUCUACUAAUUGAUAACAAAGUUCAGUUCCUAUGACACUGAUAUUGUCUAUGCAACUACUGUAAGAUUAUUGAGAGCAUAAAGUUUUUUGAAUUCCAUUAGCCAGUAAAGUUAUCUUUAGUGAAUUUGCCUCAUGUCUUUGCUUCUCUAUGUUGUUUUUCAUCGACCUAUUGUAAAAUGCUGUAUCAACAUUUAUUGCCAAGUAUAAAUCAGGAAUAUUUUGUAUAGCUCAUACAAAUGUAUGUAUUUAUUCCAAUUAAUUUGCAAAAUUACAAUUUCUCCCAUUAUGUAAGUUUGCAGUCUGGCAUCCUUAUGAUCUGGUGUUUGAUAAAAGAUAACAAGUAAACAUCAGAAAUAAUUUCUGUUUAAAUCUAGAUAUUUGGUGAGGAGUAUCCAAGAAUUCUGUCAAAUUCAGGGCAGCCCUUAUAAUUAUUGUAACUUCAUUGCAUUCCAAGUAAUUUUCUAUAUUACUGUUUUGAAUUGUGAGUAAAUACUCACAUUAAGUAAGUUACAGUUUGUUAUAUCCUUCACGGUUUGAAUUGCAAUAUUUUUAUUUAUUUUAUUUUAACAUAGUGCUCUUUGCCAGAGUCUUACAGUGCCCUGGUCAUUGGAUACAGAAUCAAUCAUACACAACGUGCAACCCCCUCUGCUUCCUGAGUAUUCCUGGUUAUACGUGUAAUCAGUACUACUAAUUUUAUUCUGAAUCAUUCACCUCCUACCAGGUACCUAUUUAUUCUCUUGGUGAAGAGAGGCAAAUGCAGAUAAGUGUCCUGCCCAAGAACACAAGCAGUGUGACGAGCAUCGGUCUCAAACCCCUGAUCUGAAUAAAAGUCCAAUGCUUUACACACUUGUGCCACACGCUUCUGCUCAUUGAAACUUGAACCCGAUUCAUGCGAGCAAAAAUGUUCUAAGGAAAUUUUAGCAUGCAUCCAUGUAGGAAAAAACGGACAUCAGAAUCAGAAAAACAGACACUGCAGAAGCCUGUAACACUGCAACCCAAUAUAUAUAAACUAUUAGAUAAUUGACCUAUAAUCCGCCUACAUCA